CUUGGGGAACGCCGCACUGGGGCCUAACCUCGGCGAGCGUCCAUUGGCUGACGAGGUGGCGACGCCUCAGGCCGGGAAAACGGGGCGAGCGUCCCGAGUUGGUUCUCCUGGCGCCUCCGGGCGCACCUCCUCCUCGCAGCUAAUCCAAAAGUAAAUGAGGAACUUAGAAAAAGAUUGCCAACUCCAGAUCAACAUAUUUAGAGAAAAUUGGAAAAGAAGAAGCUUACUACAGCUCUAUUUGAGGACUUUUUAAAGAACUCAGGGGUCUCACUGUGAGCUACAGUCUUGGAGCAUAAACCAGAUAUUGCCAGAGUAAACAAGAAUAGAAGUACAAAUGGAUGUCUGGUCAAAAGGUACAGAUAGAGCCCACAUUUCUCUUGAAGAGGAGACUACGGAGAGAAAUAAAAAUGGACAGCUAGGUGAGCAACCGACUAUGAAUUCUGAGGAGAACAAGCAUCAAAACUUGGAGGACUUAGGAAGAGAAGUCACAUUUGAUGACACAGAAUUGCCAGGACAGGUAUCAAGGAAUUUUCAAGUUGCCAGUCCUCAUCCAGAUGAUGAGACAUCUGAAAAUCCCAACAUUAUGGAAAAUAAGAAUGAUUUGAAUUAUGAAUAUAGGAUUUCUCACCAGCUUACUUCAGAAGAAACCAUAGCAUUUCUUCUAAAAGAAUUGGAUAUUCUCAGAGCAAGCAAUAAAAAGCUUCAAGAAGCUCUGACCAAAGAAGAUAAAGAACAUAGACAAUUGAAGCUUAUGCUAGAACUCCAGGAGAAAGCAACAGAAGCUAAAAUUGCUGAAAAGACAGCAGCUCUGGUUGAAGAAGUAUAUUUUGCACAGAGAGAACGUGAUGAAGCUAUUAUGUCUAGACUACAACUGGCAAUUAAGGAGAGAGAUGAAGCAAUUGCACGAAGCAGGAACAUGGAAGUUUCUCUAAAAGUGCUAGAAAAUAUUAACCCUGAAGAAAAUGACAUGACAUUACAGGAAUUACUGAACAGAAUAAACAACGCAGACACAGGGAUAGCUAUUCAGAAGAAUGGAGCUAUAAUUGUGGAUAGAAUCUACAAGACCAAGGAAUGUAAAAAGAGAAUAACUGCAGAAGAAAUGAAUGCAGUGAUAGAAGAACGAGAUGCUGCUUUGUCUCAGUGCAAACGGCUAGAGCAGGAGCUUCAUCAUCUGAAAGAGCAGAACCAGACUUCAGCAAACAACAUGAGACAUCUGACUGCUGAAAACAAUCAAGAACGUGCUCUGAAGGCAAAGUUGUCAUCGAUGCAGCAAGCCAAAGAAACUGCAGUUGAGCAAUAUAAAAAACUGGAAGAAGAAAUCCAGACACUACGAGUUUACUACAGUUUACACAAGUCGUUGUCUCAAGAAGAAAACUUGAAGGAUCAGUUUAACCAUACUCUUAGUACCUACGAAGAAGCUUUAAAAAACCAAGAAAACAUUGUUCUCAUCACUCAACAACAGAAUGAAGAACUGGCUACCCAACUGCAGCAAGCUCAAGCAGAGCAAGCAAACAUGGAGUUACAGCUCCAGCAUGCCAUAGAAGCCUCCCAUGUGGCCAGUGAAAAAAUACAGAAGUUAGAAAGGCUGGUGGACGUCCUGAGGAAGAAGGUUGGAACCGGGACUAUGAGGACAGUGAUCUGACUGAAAGAAACGACAGUCUGGGGGAAGCGAUCACAUCUGGUGACCAGGCUGCUUCAUUCAACACUGUGUAAACACGAAAAGCCUUAACUUAGCAAACAGUUGUUAGAAGUGGGACACUCCAACCACAUUCCAAGCUGAGAUAAAAUCAAAUCACAAAUGUUUAA